AAGAGCAGCAAACCAUCCCGAAGGAGCAGCAGAGCCCAGUGUUGGUACUGUGGACUGGCUUGGAAGAGGACUACUGAGUAGAUAGAAAGAGGUCAACGCCAUCCAACCUCAGCAACUACUGUACUAGCAUGGCUACGGCAAGCACCUCAGGGCAGAGCACCUUUGGGCUCGGGAGGAAAAAGAAGAACCCUGGUCUCAUGGAUCAGAUCACCAAGUUCUUUGGGGGAGACAAAAAGAAAAGGAGCAAGGGCUCGUUCCGGGGUCACCUGGCAACCUCACCCCAGUCCUCCGCUCGCCGCCGGACCAAAGAAAAUGCUGUGGUGCAUUUCUUCAGGAGCAUUGUUUCCUCUCCUCGUCCUAAAUCCAGGUGGAGAGAUGUCUUGGGCUUGAGCGACUCGCUGCUUCUGGAUGACUUUGAAACUGCUCAACUGUUUAUGAACCACAACCGGCCUCGUCGCCGCGUGCCGAGAGCACAAAGUCGCCGGUCAGAAGACGCAGAGACCAAAGCACACUGUCCAGGAUCUUCAGCCUGGGAGAAACCAAGUCCCGUCCACCCCCUAAACGCUGGAGCACCAUCUUCUAAGCUCUCCGCCGAGAACCACACCACAGAUCCAACGCCGAUGGGACAAGACGGAGGAGGGGAAACAGAUCUGCAAGCGGCGGACUCACAACCUCAAGAAACGUUAACCCACUAACAACAUCCUCCUGUAUGUUUAGACAGUGACAUUGACAGAGUAUGAAACCACUCUCCAGGGAUGUAGCUGGUCACUGUGCCUUUUUUUUCUUCUUUUUUUAAAAAUCCUACUUCUAUGGAUAUCUUGUCUAGCUGUUUAUAAGAGGUUUGGUCAUGCUUUUAGUUAUCUUACUGUAAAAACUCUCCCAUUUGAGUAUCUUGUCUGAUGGUGCUAGUGUGUGCUGUCUGAGGUUCAUGCCAGAUGCUUGUUUUUCUAUUUGUCUCCCGUCAUCUGCAUUUUGUAAAUGAGUGACGCUUUAUGUAUGUCUCUGCUUUUUAGAAACACCACUCACACACCAAA